AAGAAUUAUAUCAACGAUUGCCUCGACGUCCGAAUGACGAUAAUCCAACAAUCGUCAAAGCCAAAUAUCCGCUUGAGGUAUCAGAAUACCACAAUCCACACGCUGAAGAACAAUUUGAUCUUGUAUUUUCCGUUGUCAAAGCUGCUCGAUCACUUAUUGUUGAAUAUAAUAUUCGAUCUAACGCCUCACUUUUUAUACAAGUUGCUUCCGAUUCACUUGCAACGCUGUUCACCGCUCAAGAGCAAAGCAUUGUCACUCUGGUUAAAGGAGCAAAAUCUGUUCAUGUUGUUCAACAUGAUGAAUCUAUUCCUGCUGGCUGCGCCUUAAGUACAGUUACUGAUGAAAUAAAUUUAUUGCUUUUGGUUAAGGGAUUCGUAGAUAUUGACGCGGAGGUUGCAAAAUUCCAAAGUAAACUUGAUAAGACUACUCAAGCAUUAGCAUUGCUUCAGAAAAAAAUACAAAUUCCGGAUUAUGAGUCCAAAGUCCCAAGAGAUGUUCGCGAUGCCAAUGAAGCCAAGCAAUAUCUCGGGACUGAUUUACACAAGUUUG